AUAUCUAAGUGCAUGGUCAUUUAUUACCCUUACAACUACCCGUAGUAGAGGAGCUGUUACGGAAGUAUGUGUGGAAAAUGGCUUCGGAGACAAACGACACAGAUUUGGUAGCAGAACUCAGUCCGAAAUCAUCAGAGCCGUCCAGUCCCAGACGGAUGGAGCCUCCCGUUAGGAGCAGCGGUAGUCCCUCAGCCAGAGACGCCGGGGUCGAGAGGAUCCGUGCAGAAGACAGAGAGUCUGGAAGUGAGAGCCCCAAGCCAGCCAACCCCGGGGUGGUGAGCCCCAGGGCAGGCAGGGUCGGGGCAGCGAGCCCCAAAGAUGGUGCUUCCUCCGGGCCCAGCGAAGGCAGCCAGGAUUCCAGCGGGUCCCGCAGUGACAGUAGCGAUGACGAAGACAGCGAUGAUGAAGACGAAGGCACGGUCCGCAGGAUGAAGAGCAGCGUUGCUCACGUCAUCAGGAGAGACCCAGGUGAAGCCGGCCAGGCCAGGAGAAGGAGCUCAUCCCCAGACCACGAGAGCGAUGAGGGCCGGAAGUCACGGUCACGGUCUCGCUCCAGGAGCCAGGACAGAGAUCGGCGCUAUGAGAGGGGACGCUACGGCAGAGAUCGGUACCAGGACCGAGACAGGGACCGCUACGAACGCCACUCCAGCCGGGACAGGGAGGACUUCAGGAGGAGGGGCCGGUCUCCGUCCCCAGCCAAUAGGGAGGCUGCAGGCGAAGAGCCUCCAACCAAGAAGAAGAAGGAGGAGCUGGACCCCAUCCUGACCCGCACGGGGGGGGCCUACAUCCCCCCCGCCAAGCUCCGGAUGAUGCAGGCGCAGAUCACCGACAAGAGCAGCCUGGCAUACCAGCGUAUGAGCUGGGAGGCUCUGAAGAAAUCCAUCAACGGUCUGAUCAACAAGGUCAACGUGUCCAACAUCGCCAUGAUCAUCCAGGAGCUUCUGCAGGAGAACAUCGUCAGGGGCAGAGGUGUGUUUUCCCGCUCGGUCCUGCAGGCCCAGAGUGCGUCUCCCAUCUUCACCCACGUGUACGCUGCCGUGGUGGCCAUCAUCAACUCCAAGUUCCCCCAGAUAGGAGAACUCAUCCUCAGGAGACUCAUCCUCAACUUCCGCAAGGGAUACCGCAGGAAUGACAAGCAACAAUGUCUGACGGCAUCCAAGUUUGUGGCCCACCUCAUCAACCAAAAUGUGGCCCACGAGGUGCUGUGUCUGGAGAUGCUGACCCUGCUGUUGGAGAGGCCUUCAGACGACAGCGUGGAGGUCACCAUCGCCUUCCUCAAGGAGUGUGGCCUCAAGCUCACAGAGGUCUCUCCCAGAGGCAUCAAUGCCAUUUUCGAGCGCCUGAGAAACAUCCUCCACGAGUCGGAGAUCGACAAGCGGGUGCAGUACAUGAUUGAGGUGAUGUUUGCCAUCAGGAAGGACGGCUUCAAGGACCACCCCGUGGUGCCCGAGGGCCUGGACCUGGUUGAGGAGGAGGACCAGUUCACCCACAUGCUGCCCCUGGAGGACGAGUACAACCAGGAGGACGUCCUCAAUGUGUUCAAGAUGGACCCAGACUUCUUGGAGAACGAGGAGAAGUACAAGACCAUAAAGAAGGAGAUCCUGGACGAGGGAAGCAGCGACUCGGGAGAGGACGCGGACGGGAGCGACGAUGACGACGACAAUGAUGAAGAGAAGGAGGGAGAGGUUGGAGAAGACGGAGAGAAGAUUACCAUCUUCGACCAGACAGAAGUCAACCUGGUCGCCUUCAGGAGAACCAUCUACCUGGCCAUCCAGUCCAGUCUGGACUUUGAGGAGUGUGCCCACAAGCUGAUUAAGAUGGACUUCCCUGACAGUGAGACGAAAGAGUUGUGCAACAUGAUUCUGGACUGCUGUGCCCAGCAGAGGACCUACGAGAAGUUCUUCGGUCUGCUAGCAGGGAGGUUCUGUGUGUUGAAGAAGGACUACAUGGAGAGCUUCGAGGCCAUCUUCAUCGAGCAGUACGAGUCCAUCCACCGCCUGGAGACCAACAAGCUGAGGAACGUGGCCCGGCUGUUUGCUCACCUGCUCUACACAGACUCCAUCCCCUGGAGCGUGCUGGAGUGCAUCAAGGUGAGCGAGGACACCACCACGUCCUCCAGCCGCAUCUUCGUGAAGAUCCUGUUCCAGGAGCUGUGUGCCUACAUGGGCCUGCCUCGCCUCAACGAGAGGCUGAAAGACAUGACUCUCCAGCCCUUCUUCGAGGGCCUGUUUCCCCGCGACAACCCCAGGAACACCCGCUUCGCCAUCAACUUCUUCACCUCCAUCGGUCUGGGUGGCUUGACUGACGAGCUGAGGGAGCACCUGAAGAACGCCCCGAAGAUCAUCAUGACCCAGCGGCAGGAGGUGGAGUCGUCCGACUCGGACUCAUCCUCCUCCGACUCGUCCUCGUCCUCCUCCUCAGACAGCAGCAGCAGCAGCAGCAGCGACUCCUCCAGCGACUCGGACUCCUCCAGCAGCUCAGACUCCGACUCCAGACAGAAGAAGAAGAAGAAGAAAAAGCCAGAGGCCAAGAAAGUGGACAAAACCAAGAAGAAGAGCUCCCACAAGUCCUCCAAGAAGGCUCCGCCGGAGGACCGAGCCGGCAAGAAGCAGGAGGGACGCCGCCGUCGCCACGACGACAGCAGCAGCAGCGGCGAGGAGCGGCCCCAGGCCCUGCGCCAGCGGGGGCCCCGCGACGACCCCUCGCCCGCACGGGAGCGCGCCCGCCCCGGCCAGGAAGCCCCGCCCGCCAGGCCACCCAGAGAGGAGGAGGAGGAGAGGCCCGACGCACGCAGACACCGCGACAAGGAUAGGACCGGCCGGCCUCGUAGCCCGGAAAGGGAGGAGAGGGGGAAGGAGAGGGAGGAGAGGGGGAAGGAGAGGGGGAAGGAGAGGGAGGAGAGGGGGAAGGAGAUGGGGAAGGGGAAGGAGAGGGAGAAGGAGAGGGAGGAGAGGGGGAAGGAGAGAGAGGAGAGGGGGAAGGAGAGGGAGGAGAGGGGGAAGGAGAGGGGGAAGGAGAGAGGGAGGGAGCGGGAGAAAGAAAGGUCAAAGUCACAGGAACGCGGCCGCAAGGAGAAGGACUCCAGAGACUCUUCCAGGAACGGGCUGGAGAGGAGGGAGGACAGGAAGGAGAGGGGGGAGGACAGGAAGGGGGAGGAGAGGGGGGAGGAGAGGAGGAAAGAGGAGAGGAGGGAGGGGAGGGAGGACAAGGAGAACAGGCAUUCCGAUCGGUACAGGGAGUCCAGGAGGAACGAGGAGAGGAGCAGAGAUGACUCCCCUCGCAGGAGGAGAUAGUUUGGUUACAGGAGGAGGAGAUGGGGAGGGGAUAAGGGAUAACAGCCACACUAGAUGGAAUAAGAGAAUACUAGUGAUGAAAGUCUGGCUGCAUCAAUAUAAGGGCUGUCACAUCCAUACUGUCAUCAUGCAGCCUAGGUGGUUAUGAGCUCAAGUCUUUUUUUCCGGUCAUUGUGGCCUUCUAAACCAAGCCGCUGUGUGGAGGUCCCAGCCCUGGUUUCACCUGGAUCAGAUCUACUCUGUAGGCAGGCAGGGAGGGAGGGGAGGAGAGGGAGUGGAGAGCUGACGCUAUGUCUACUGUGUAUCCAUAGCUGUGAACCAGACCUCCUGCCAGCUUCCUGCCGUUCUGACUGCUGGAGUGUGUAAUGUGUUUCUCAUCCAGUCCUGGCUUCUCUGCUCAUCGUGGUCUUGUGUGUGUGUGUACCAAACAGCUGCAGCCAGGUGAAGUGUGUGUUAGCAGGGUGAGGCUCCUGACCUGCCAUGCAGUGUGGUCUGUGUAUAUAUAUGAUAUAAAUAAAGGACAUCUCUAGGGGUUCUAACUGCCGAAGUCUGCCGGCCUCACACCCUCUAAAUCGCCAUGUUUGUAUUUGCUGCAGCAUAUUUUGUAUUGGUGGAACCUAUUUUUCUGUUGAUGAAAAUUGUGACAAGAUGAAACAUGAAUAAAAACUCCCUCAACUGUUCUCCCUGUGCUGUGCUUUACUCACUCCAGCUGUGGCCUAGUUAGCUUUGGGAAACUGGUCGUUUGACGAGGCUUCAGAUAAAUAGCUGAUGCCCUUGCAAGUGUCUUUGACUAAAAGCCCAAGUACCAAACAGCUUAUGAAAGUUGCAGUUGGAUGAGAGUGAAUGUCCUCGCUUUCACCCAGCUGUCUGCUUUGCGCCAACAUAUUUUACCGUGAGGUAGACCACUGAGGAAUGAAUUCCCCAAACCCUGAAACGGCAUCCAACUGUUAGGAGCUAAAUCAUUUGCUCCUCAAGCCUGUGUGUUUUGCAUAAGUGUUGUCUUUUUUUCACAUUCUAAAAUAAACUUGUUUUUCCUAU